CGCAUAUACUUUAUUCUACGUUCGCCUUAUUUAUAUCGAUUUUUUCAUGUUUGUUUUCGGUAUAUUACGUGUCUAAGGAAGAGGAGAAGGGAAAAGAGAUCGAAAUAGUAGUUCUUGCGACGUGCGCCGUACGACGUAGUUAUCGCGUCGUAGGCGUAGUAGAGAAAGAGGCGUAUGCAUGUAAGAAGGUGAAAGGUCGUGAUGCUGUUCACGAAGAAUUCUUGGCAAGGUUUAAAAGCGUUCAAAUCUCGCUCGAUUUAGUUCGAAAGAUCUCGUACUUGAUUUUUCCUCAUUUUUCCUUUCUCCUUGUCUGUUUCUCUCACUCUCACUCUCUCUUUCUCUCUUUCUCUCUCUUUCUAUCUAUCUAUCUUUCUCUUUCUAUCUUCUAUACUUGUUCUUUCUUUCUCUGUCUUUCUCUCUGCUCCUUUCUAAACCGAUUCUACGUUCGUUCAGCCAAAGCGCGUACGACGCUGGAUAUUUCGAUGUCUCCGAGAGACGACCAGUCACGUUUUCUUUUUCCAAUACUUUUCAACGAAGUUUCCUCGUCAUAUCGGAUACGUUCGAAUACAGGCGCCUAUCAUUUAACAUUCCAUUGGUAUCGUCGAUUUAACGCCGCGAGGGUAACCAACAUGGCAGCGGAAUCAAAAAUUGCUCUACCAUCGUACGGUGGAUAAUGAGGACCUUACAAACGAGAGAUUAGCAAGAUCUCGAGGCCUGACAUUUCACAAAAGGACAACUACGAUGCUCGGAUAACAACGUUGUCUCGAUGCGAAUGAGAGAAAGUGAAAUAAUGUGUUCUAAAUAACGAAAUAAAGGGUUAAACUGGCAGAGAGAGAGAGAGAGAGAGAGAGAGAGAGAAAGAGAGAGAAAGAAAGAAGGAAAGAAAAAGAGAGAGAGAGAGACUUGGCAACGUAACAACUGAUCAGCCGCCCCUUCAGUCAAAGUUUGAAUCUUUCAACGGUCACGCAAGUUCGUUCGAGUGCCAUUUGUGCUGUGGUGUACGAUAAAUUCUCUGCUUCACGAUGGAUGUUAACGACGAAGUCUUAGUUUGUGCGGCCGAAAUUAUAAAAGAUCGAUUGUACUUUGCGACAUUAAAAACAAUGGUAAAACCCAAAAGUACACCUAACACUCAUUACUUCAGCAUUGACGACGAGUUAGUAUAUGAGAAUUUUUACGCAGACUUUGGUCCGUUAAAUCUAGCUAUGUUGUAUCAAUAUUGUCAAAAAGUUAAUAAGAAACUCAAGGCAGUAACGCUGAGUAAAAAGAAAAUUGUACAUUAUACUACGAUGUACCCAGAAAAAAGGGUGAAUGCUGCCUUUCUUAUAGGAAGCUAUGCUAUACUGUACUGCAAACAUACAGUGCAAGAAGCUUACGAAUGUUUGACCAAUAGUCCAAACAGUCCACCUUUUAUGAUGUUCCGUGAUGCCUCUGUAGGAUCUCCGUGUUACAAAAUAUCAUUGUAUGAAUGUCUUAGUGCUAUAGAUAAGUGCCAUCGUCUUGGUUUUUUUAAUUUUCAAGAUUUUCGAGUUAAAGAGUACGAACAUUUCGAAAGAGUUGAGAAUGGAGAUUUAAAUUGGAUAGUUCCUGGAAAAUUCAUUGCUUUUUGUGGCCCACAUGCAAAAUCUAAAAUUGAGAAUGGAUAUCCACUACAUGCACCAGAAUCCUAUUUUAACUAUUUUCGUCGUAAUAAUGUUUCUACGGUUAUACGACUUAAUACAAAAAUCUACGAUGCUUCAAGUUUCAUAGAAGCAGGCUUUGAACACAAAGAUCUUUUCUUUGUGGAUGGUUCGACGCCAACAGACUCGAUUAUGCGUCAAUUUCUUAAAAUAUCAGAAAAUGCAAGUGGUGCUGUAGCUGUACAUUGCAAGGCAGGUCUUGGAAGAACUGGUUCUCUCAUAGGAUGUUAUAUCAUGAAACAUUAUCAUUUGACUGCUCAUGAAACGAUUGCAUGGAUCAGAAUAUGUAGACCAGGUUCUGUUAUUGGACAUCAACAGCAAUGGCUAGAAAAAAAAGAGGCGUUUCUUCACUCAUUGCUGAAAGAACCACUACAUUCUGAGAAUAGAAAUCCAGUGCAUAAAUACGGUAUAUAUUCAAUAAUGGGAAGACCUAAAACCGCAUUCCUAUUAAAUCUAAACAACGCUCGUGUGGUACAAGAUAAUGUUUCUGGCAUAAUGCACAGAGUAGAUGGAAUCAAAUUAGAUGAUUCUACCCCUGUUGCAAGUCUUAAAUCAACAAAUAGACACUCGUCCUCUACUUUAACACAAGGUGAUAAAUUAAAUCAAAUUAAAGCUAGAAGAAGAAGACUACGUGUAAAUCAGUCUUCUCUUGGCACUCCUACUGGAUCGUCAACAGUUGUUCAUCCAUAUUUAGGACCAUUACUGCAAACCAGAAAUCAAAAAGGAGCAGCUAUUGCUACAUUAGCUGGAAAUAAGGAAAAAGGUCCUUUAAAAAGAUUACUCGCGAGAUCGACAGCAACAACAGUUGUUAAAAGAAACAGUUGGCUGGUCAACAAUAGCUGUGAUCCACCUACCCGCCGUGUUAGAUCUAAACCAACAACACAGAUCCAUAAUAUCAACAACAAUACAACUACUACUACUCCUGUUACAUCUAUGUCUAUAUCAAAACCAGUGACAAAGGCGAGUAUGAGAACUUCAUGCAUCUCAGAGGCCCGUGCUACGAACUCGUCUACAAAUCAUUCGGUUGCACAACCACAACCAGGCAUGAAUAUGAUUCUUAGGUCAGCAGACCGAGUUACCCGCUAUCAUUCUCUCAGGCAUGCGCGCACGACAAAAAGUUGUAAAACUGCAUUUAUCAGAUGACUAACCGAUAUUCUCAGUGGCGUGGGGGAGGACAGUCCAGUAACCCGAGCGUCUCACCAGCGCCGAAGAUCUCAUCGCUUAAACCCCAUCAUUCAAUAAAUGCACUUCAAAGAUCUUCGAUUUCUUCAAAUUUAAACGAGUGCAGGUUAGACUUUUAUUAUCAAAGGAGAUUUAAAAAUAUUUGCAGCCAUUUUCACACUGCAUUUUUAAAAAAGAUCUAUCAUUCUUUUCGCUAUAUUAAUAUUUUGAAAAUAUAAAGUUUUUAAACGCCACCAACAAGCGGGAGUAACUUAUUAUAUUUACUAUGAAUACUUUUGCAAUUUUACUUUGACGGUUCUUCCAUUUUGCGACACGUUGAACGCUCGCAUGAAAAAAAAUUUGUCGUUUAUAUCGUUAUCAUCUUUUUUCUUAAUCUUCUGCUGGUCAGACAAAAAAUAUAUUUUCGAAGAUCGCAUCGAACUCGAUUAAUUUUCCAAUUGGAUGAUCCUUUUUCUUUUUUUUUUUUUUUCUUUUCUAUCAUAUUUUAAUAACCACAUUUCAUUUUAUCUAUUUUUCAAUAUACAACAGAAUACAAGAAUUUUAUUACCGAGUUCUAUCAUUAGAUAGUAAUGAUGCAUAAAUACAGUGAAAAACUAUUGAGACUCUAUGAAUGUUAAAAUGACAAUUUGCCUACUGUUAAAAUAAAAAAAUUUUGUAUUAACAUUAUAUCACAUCUUUCACAUAACCAUUCUGUAAAUAUUAAUUAAAACAACUAAGUUUUUAGAUAGAUUCAAUCUUUUUAAGCAUUUCUUAAAUGUUUCAUUGCUUUGAGCUCGGUAAAAGGCAUUGGGGGACAGAAAUUUGCAAUUUUGCAGUGCACAUAUAGAACUAGUUUACGUGUUAUUAACAAAAUAUAAUUGUCUCCAUAUAAAAAAAUGGUGUAUAGAUAUAAUAAUUAUAUCAGUCCUUUGCUAAUGUGUGUUACAGCAAAGGAAAGAUUUUAUGUACCAUAACAUCUAAUUUUUAAUCAAAUAGAAACUAUCAGAAGCUAUAGAUUUUUAAAAAUUAUAUUACUUCAUAUAAACUUGUUAUACUAUUGUAUUACAUGCGUAGAAUAGUGUGCGUGAUUUAAAUCUACAUUUAAGUAGAAAAUAUUAAUCCUUUGCAGUCGUAAAUCCUAAGCUGCGUAUCGCACGCACGCUAAUCAUUUGUUUAUACGCGAUGUAGAUAUAUUAUCAAAGAUUAUAAUAUUCAAUAUUAUAAUUAAAAAAAUUGAUGGAUUUGAAAAUAAUUAAUAUUAAUAAAUUGAUACUAUUACGACCGCAGAGGAUUAAAAAAGAAAUAUUCAAAAUACUACACACAGCUUCAUCAUGGACUGAAGAUCAUUUUUAGAUCCUUUGAUUGUUCGUACGAUUAUAUUUUAUUAUUAUUUAAUAUAUAUACUUCAUUGAUCUUUAUUUUUUUCUUUUUACAUUGUUGUAACAAUGUCAACUGAAAAACAUAUCACGAAAUAUAAUUAUAAUAAAUACUGGUAUUAGAAAAAAUAAUUUAUGAAGUAAAACGAAUUAAAUUAUAAAAAAAAAUCUAAGGAAUCGACAUUAAAAAUACGUAUUGUAAAUAUUCUCUAUUAUUAAGUAAAAUAUUUAAAUGAUUAUUUAGGCGAGUAUUGAAAUUUUUUUUUUUUUUUAUGCGAAAAUAAAAAAUCUAGUCUGAUAUGUACAUUUGAAAAAUUUAUUUCUUGUACAUAUCAAAGGAUUUGAAAAUGAAAGAAAAUAUUUCUUAUCCUGAUGUAGCAAUGUGUAGAAUGUACAUAGAAUUAUAUUAUUCGGAAUAAGUACAACGUUAAUGAUAUAAGCUGUUGCUAUUACAAAUUAAUAUUUGUAUUCUUUUUUGAUUAAGUUUUUCUGGAGAUACCUAAAUGUUUUUAUAUCCAAUAAUUCUUUUUUUCUAAUUUUUGUUUAUUUAAAAAAAAAUUUUUCUUUUUAAUAUUAUUUUUUUUCUCGAAAAUUACAUAAUCUGUUAUAACGGCUUAUACAUUUUGCGAUAUCACAAAAAAUGGAAUUUUAUAAUUCGCUAUGCGAAGACACGAUAUUGUAAUAUUUAUACAUCAUCAGUUGUUUCUUACAACUUAGUCAAGUAUUCUUUGCUAAGACAAUGCACAGAAAAUUUACUGUGAAAAAUCACAGAAAAUUAUUCUAAGGAAUUGCAUACAUUUACAUUUAGUAAUAUGAACAAAUGGAAUGCCAUUUCCAAAUUUUACAGUUUAAUGGAUCAUACAGAUUGAGAAACAACUUGAUUAAACAGCUCACAUGUAAUUACAAACACAUACAUUAUUUCUAUGAAGUUAAAUAUUUCCAUAUUCAGCUUAAAGCAAAAAAUAAAUAAAUUAAUAAAAUAAAACAAAAAAAUAGUAAAGUAGUAGUUAUCAAUAGUGUAUAAAAAAUAUCCUGUUUUCCAUCAAACUAAAUUUACUAAUGUUUCUAAAUACACAGAUGCUUUUGAUGUAUAUGCCUAUCACAUGUACCAAAAAUUUAUGUGUAUGAAUUUUUAUGCAGACAUAAUAAGAAGCAUUUAACUGGAUUGCUUACACAAAUAUUGUCAUUAAUGUAUGACAGCAAACUAUUUUAAUAAUAUGAUGUAAUCAAUGUGUCAUAGCAGAUCCUAGAAAAGGAAAUGUUUUAUAGAUUUGAAGAUAUUUGCUAAUAACUGUAGAUAUAUAAUAGAAUAUCUGAUUUAUAAAUAUAUGAAUUACCUCUUGUAUUUCUGACAAAUAAUUUAUUUUGAGAUUAGGAAUUAGUUUUACAAACCCAAUAGUUCGCAUUUUCUUUUUUUCUUUUUUUUUUUUUUUUAAGGGAUUACAAAUUCACAUAACAAUUUUUAAGGCCUAAAUUACAAAGACCAUUAUUAUGAUAAUUUGUUAUAUAUAAUUACAAAUUGAAAUGUUGGAUGAAAUUGCGCGAAAGAAUACUUUUUUAUAGAUAUUAUAACACUAUGAGUUGUAUAAAAAUAACAUUGAUAAUUGGUCAAUAUUUAUUUCUCACUAUAAUUAUUUAGCUAAAUUCAGAUAUUUUACAAAGUUAUUUAAAAAUAUAAUUUGUUGAGAUAACUGUGAUAUAAUAAGCACACACUUUUGAUCUUUCUAUUGAAAGGUUUGGCCAUUUUAACUAUAAGAAGGUAUAUAUGUCUCGAAAAGGCCUCCCUUUUUAUACAUCCGUUGCAAAAAUAUUACACAAACACACGACCAAUUAUCUGAUUUUCCAUUUUUCUAUGUAAUGUUACAUUUGUCUGUCUAAUAUUGAUAUAAAUUUAAUAUGUUAAUGUAAUGUGUUAUGAUUACAAAUGUAAUGUUACAUGCAGAGAGAAUUCUAUUUAAUAAUAUUAAACGUGUGUAUAAUUCAUGCACUUUGGAAAAAUAUCUUUAUUCACUGUUAAGCUUAUGUUAAAGUUUGGUAUAUCGGUAAUUAAUGAUAAGAAAUAUUGAUAAAGUAUUAUUUAACACUAUAUACUUACACAUUAGGGACUUCUUUUUAUAAUUACUAUCAAUGUUUCAUGUGCUUUAUAUAUAUAAAUGACACCUAGUGAACUUUAUAUUGCGUUAUACACCUAAUAAAGACUAUGUAUUUUACUUACAUUAUGUAUUUUAUGAAUAGUAUAACAAUCCCAUAUACUAUAGAAAGUAGUAGAUGAUAUAGUAUAUGUGUUGUCUAAACAAGAAGUACAAGCAGUGGAUAUAGUUAAAUUCAAUUGCAUGCAAUGAUUUCAGUAUAUACGUAUAUAUAUAUAUAUAUAUAUAUAUAUAUAUAUAUAUAUAUAAAAAAGGAAAUAAAAAUGAAAGGAAAGGAAAAUAAGAAAUUUUAAUUAUAUUCCUAAAGUUUAUUUGUAAGCUAACAAUCGUUCGUAAUAAGUAUUUGAUCAUACAAAAUAUAAUUACAAGCUCUUAAUACGAUACGUUCGUUAUAUCACAAUACGUCAAUUAAUUUGGAUAUAAAUUUGAAGGAAAUACAUUAAUAAUGUCACAACUAUGGAUAUAUUACAAUGUUUCGAAUAACAUAUUUCUUCCAAAUAUACUAAUCCCGGGAGAUUACACCAUUUGUUUUAGCAUAUUUUCUCUAUGCUUUUAAUUUCCAUUGAGAUCAUCUAUUUGUAUAUUUCUACGGCAUAAUGUUGGAAAUUGUAAAAUACCUAAUAUACUUUACAUAAAUAUUACAAACUAAUGAUUUAGUUACAAUACUUGUUACAAUAAUUCUAUACGAUUUAUAAACUAUUCACAUAAGGCAGGGAUGUGUGAAUACGUGCGUGAAUCGAGUUGAGAGAAAUGUAAUGCAGUAGUUAUACAUUAAUAGUUCCCUUUUCAUUUAACACAUUUUGCAAAAUUUACAAUCUACUUUUAUUUUUACAAUUCAAGACAGGAAGGCUCUAACUUUCAUUGCUACGUGUACUCUACACACGGCACAAGUCGUCAUUUCCGGUGCACAAUCAACACAGGCAACCAUAUGUCCACAUGAUGUAGAUCCUUCUACUUUCAAGCCACUCUCAGUUCUGUGACUUGGCCCAGGGGCAUUUUCAAUUUGACCAUUUUCUCCACUAUCCGAUGAUAAUGGUUCAAUUGUUUUAAUAAAACUUGGAGAUAGCAACACUUGGGAAACCAUUUGGCAUGUUCCUCCCAGGGAUCAUCUUCAGGUUCCCAAUCUUUGAGGCCUCCUCCACAAUGAUAACAAAGAGUCUGAUCACCAUUUCCUGUGUAAUGGAAUCCAGCAUGUGCUAAAUGUUCUUUUGUCUGUGGCAUUGAUCUUGGCCAGAUAAAUAUACUCUAUGCACUCGCGCGAGGAUGUUCACUGGGGUAGUGGAGAAACUCGACUGAAUAAAUUUGGUAGAAAAUUAAAUUAUAUCGCCGCGACGAGCGAUAACAAAAUGUAUCCACUCGACGAGACGUUUUCCGUACAACUGAACGCUAGGACGAGUUCGAGGAAUGUGGAUUAAAUGAAUUUCUCCCUCCUUUCAUCCUACGGAACAAGCCCUUUUUCUUAACUACAGAAGCUACCCUUACUUUCUUUACCAAUAGGAAUGUAAAAUUGAAGCCCAUUCUUCGACCGUCCCUUUUAAUGACUAUCCCUUUUUUAUUACCUGACCACUUUUAUUACCUACCAAGAAAAUUUUAAAAAUACUUCAAGAAUUCUCUAUUAAAUACUGGUAUAUAUACAUAGAUAUUUUAGAAGUAUUUCUUCAUAAUCUUUUAACGUUCAUAUUGCAACAAUACGUGAAAGUAAAAGUACGUAUAAAUUCAAAGAUAAUCAGUUAAUUAUCUCUAUCACGAAGAGCGAUUUUUAAUUUAAUCAUGAAAAUAAAACCUAUAUAUCAAGACUUCUAAGUAUUAUGUUAUAAAUAAUUAUUAAUGAUAAUUUUGAUUGCACAUAAUGUAAUAAUUGUUUACUUUCGACGUUACUUUUCGAUCAACAUUUCCCGCCAAGCAUGAUAAAAUUAUUUCUGAACGUUUCCUACGGGUAAAUAUAAAUGUAAUCAUUUUGUAAAAUAUCUAUUUUUACAUAAAAAUUUAUUCUAACGUUGAGAUAUAUUUAUUUCUCAAUAUUAAAAUAUAUUUUACAAAAAUAACUUGGUACUAUCUUCGCAUGUACAACUCUCCGUGCAACGUUGCCACGUUCAAGAACCGUUCCACAUUCCUUUAUUGUUAUAUUACUCGGGCGUGCAUCCAUAGGAAUGAAUGCGGAUACAGGUACGUACCUACGAAAGGUUCCUCAUUGUAUCGGCCCGUUCAUGCCUUUAGUAUUUUCAAUGAGUAUAAUGAGAGUUAUAAUGGAAUUAUAUACUUUUGAGUAAAUAUCUUAUUUGUUACAAAACAAUAUCGAAAUACACAAUCUAUACAGUUUCAAACCGUACGAUUUUUUUCUUCAAGAAAUAAUAAUUUUUUUAAAUUUGAGAAACUUUCCUCCUCCAUUGUUUAUGAAAGAACAUAUACAUAUGUAAUACAUAGCGUUCUUUCUUUAGCACAAAGUUCAUUCGUGGAGAGGUUCAAAGAGGAUUUACUCGUGACUCAAGCUGGAAUAAUCUCUCGACGUUUUAAAUUCCUGUGUGGUGAGAUAAAAACUAAGGACAGGAUAUUAUACAAAGAGAGAGAGAAAGAGAAAGAGAGAGAGAGAGAGAGAGAGAUGACGUUAUACUUUUCUACAUAAAUACAGCACACAUGGAAUUUUCUUUUUCUAUGGAAAGAUUUAUCGAUAUACUCCUAAAAAAAAGAGAAAACAAAAUAACAAGUGAAAUUCUGCUUAAAUCGAUAUCGUCCUUCGAUAACAUUUCAAAAACAAUGAAUAGAUUUAUCAAAGAAGAUAAACAAAUGUAAUCAUUUUACUCGAAAGUCAAACUCUUACUAUUUUCACACGAUACUAUCACGUGAGACGGUGUCACGUAAAAUUUGUAGAAUAUACGUAUUUUUCUUUGAAACUCGUCGCGUCGUCUCUAUCUCUCUCUCUCUUUUUCCAUUCAUGAUUCUAUCAGUUACGUGGCAACGGCGCCUUCGAGUGUGGGAGUGUAACGGAAGUUAGUCAAACGAGAGAGAUAACACGAGAGACCAUCAGCAUAGUAUCUUAUGACAGGGCUAUACAAAGUUUUCUUUUUAACAAUAAAUUACUACACAUCAAGGGAAAAAAAUAGGUAUUGUUUAAUAAUUAGUUAUUUAAUUUUAUGGUUCAUCAUUAAUCAACGUUUAAUAUAUACAUAUAUAUUCAUUCUUUUUUUAUUUCUUGGUUUAUUCUACCCUACUUUUUUUUUGGUUAGGAAACGUUUAAUCUUUCAUCAUUAGACUAUUAAAAAUCGAUUAAAAAUGUGACGUAUAAUUAUUAGUAUAUCGAUAUUCUAUCAUACGAUAGAAUCGAUUACUGAAUGUUCAUCUCGAUACACACAAUGAAUCAAUGUAUGUUUGUACACAAUGUAUAGAUAUAAAAAGAAAAAAAAAAAAAAUCUUUGUAAAAUUGUCUAAUAAAUUUUUUUUAUAACACAACUCUAUAAGAAAUAAUUAAUGAAACAUAUUGAAAAAUAAUGAUAUGUAUUGCAAAGUUUAAUAUAUAAAUUUUAAUUCAUAUAAUUACUAAAUACGUAAUAAAAAUAAUGUAACCAAUCAAAAUGCGAUCUUUAAAAAGGGCGGGUAAACGAAUUACCCCCAGGAUAGUAAGUGUAUCAAAAUAAUGUAUUAUCUAUAUACGCGCGAAUCUGAUAAUAAAAAUUUAAAUAUAAAAAAAUACGAGGUUAUCUUUGACGUAACGUAAUUAACGACAUAUGGAAAGGAUAGUACUUGAAGAUAGUAAAAAAAAAAAAAAACAAUAAGAAAA